AUGGAGUUCCAAUUUAAACUUUUCGAAAUCAGCAGAUUGCAGAAAGCAAAACAAAUCUUGGAAAAUUUCCUUAAAUUUCAUGCGAAGAAGAGAAACUUCCAACGAGUUUUGGAAAAUAUCCUUUCGAUCGUUGAGAACUACUUGAAGAUGGUCGAUGUGUUUACGCUCAGACAUGAAGAUUUCGAGCUUGAGAGAGUCAGCUGCUUCGUCGAGAUCAUCAUUCAGUCGGUUAUCUCUUGCUCACUCUACUGCCAAGUCGGAAUCGACGAGCUCUACGAGAUCUACGGCGAAGAUGACUUCAAUCUCGUCACUAGAAAAUGCCGAGAUGCUCUGUUGACUUUCUGGCAGCGAGGAAUCAUGCUGAAACCACGAAUAAAAGCAGUUCUUGAUCAUGGAUGGGAUGAAGACACUUUCAUAAGGCUGUUACGAAGAUAA